CGACGUGCUUAUUGGCUGAAGAGAGAACAUGAUUCCACCCUAGUGGCCGACUUUCACUGUCAAUCAUAUUGUACGUCACACAUCCGGAUGUGUUUUCUUUAGCAUUAGCAACAGUCAUCAGAAACACAAUUGUUUUCCCGUAACUGAGAAGUUAUUUUCCGCUCUCUUACUUUUCUUCUUCUCGUCAUUUGUCGUCGAGUCGUCUGACGGCGGCUGUGUUUCUUCUUUCUGCGUCUCUGUUGGGGACUCUGCAGUGUCAGACAUCUUCGGUUCACCACUCCGGGUUACUUUAUGGUUUCCAACCACCUCAACGUUUGCUUAGCAGCGGCGGCUAUUGGCGCAAAAGAAGCGUCAAUCUCUACAGCUCGCAAUACUAUUGGUCAAUAAUCGCUCCCAGGAAGGCAGCGCCUGUCAAAGAAAGGCUGAAGCCGAAGUUGAACUCCGUGGUCUUCUUAGCUUCGUGCUAGGCGACGUCACAUGGGAAAUAAUACUUUAACCUGACAGUUAAAGUUUCUGCAGUCCCCUUCAGCCUGUUACCCACUACUCUUUACCUCACCUCUGGACUAUUAAAGCAACAAGAUGGCAAACAUUGGCAGGCUCUCCACCAAGGAUGCAGUGCUUUUCCUGUGCGAUAUGCAGGAGAAGUUCAGACCCAACAUCUUCCAGUUCACCAACAUUGUCAGCAAUGCAGCCAGACUGCUCCAGGCCAGUCGUAUCCUGGGCAUCCCCCCCAUUUUGACAGAGCAAUAUCCUAAAGGUCUUGGGCCCACAGUACCAGAGCUGGGAGCUGAGGACCUAAAGGCCCAUGCUAAAACUUCAUUCACCAUGAUGAUAGAGGAGGUGCAGAAGGAGCUGGAGGCCCUGGGGAACCCCAAACAAGCCAUACUGUGUGGAAUAGAGGCUCACGCCUGUAUCGCUUGCACAGCUUUUGAUCUGCUCGAGAAGGGGAUAGAGGUUCAUAUUGUAGCUGACGCCGUGUCAUCCAGAAGCCAAACGGAUCGUUUGUUUGCUCUGUCACGACUGAAACAGAGCGGAGCAUACCUCACCACUACAGAGGCUGUUCUGCUGCAGCUGGUUCAAGAUGCCAAACACCCCAACUUCAAGGAGAUUCAGAAGCUUCUGGCGCAUCCGUCUCCUGACACCGGCCUCCUUGCUUUCUUCAGCGCUCUGUAAAGAGACCCAUGUCCUGCCAUUGUGUCCCACUGUAAAGAGCUGUACCAAUAAAGCGAUGCUGCUACUUUAAA